GGAACGCCCUGUUCGCACUGGGACAGGCGCAGACUAGCGAGGGGAGACCCGAGCGAUGCGGGAUCUCGAACUGCUUCCAAACCCGGGGAGAUGAAAGCGACUGGGACGUGGGAAAGAGACGACUAAGGGAGGGGGGCUCUGAUGGAGGUCUAUGAAAUCCCAGAUGCCCUGGUACAAGGGAAUCGGGAAGUGUUAUUUCCUCCUUCACAUAAGACAGGAAGCAGGGGUCACCCAAUUCAACUGACAGGCAGCAGGUUUAAACCACUCUUGCCACCAACCCCUAGAGGGGUUCCCUGUAGCCAGACAGAGAGGAAGGAAAUUCUAUCCCGAUAUUAAGCUGUGUGGUUAACAAUAGCUUGAGGGCUUUGUUUAAACUUCUCCCUUCCAAUUCCUGGGGGAAUGGAGCUUCCAACUUCACCUACGUGGUAUUCCCCAGACAUUGUGUCUCAUGGUUCAAUAGGUGGGUUGCUGGUGUUCUGUUCUGAGCAAACAGAGGUACAACCUGUAAUCUUGUUUUGUAUCCUUGAUGGGAAUAGAGCAACAGCUUUCCUGCUUAACAGGCCAACAGCAACUAUAAUUAUUAACAAUAUAUUCAAGACAUAUUGGCUAUCUAUACAUCUCACCGUGGAAACCAGGCUGCAUGAGUUCUGAAUCUUCCUGGGGCAACCAUGACCCACUGUAAUGGUUUAACAAAUAUGGGGGGGUGGAAAUAAGAGAAGGUUUGGUGAAGGGGGAUGUUGUGCUAAAUAUAUUCGUGGCAUUACUCAGGUGCUUUACUUCUCAACACUGACAUUCAGCAAAUGGCGAGAACAGAGUUGGUUGCACUCAUGACGUGCUUGUUUGACAAUGUAACAAGUGGGUGAAGGAGGCUGGCAUCAAGGGCCGAUCGGAGGUGGGAGUCAACUUCCUGCCAGUGAAUGAGAGCUGAUAGAUCCCACCUGAAUAGAUCAGAGAUGGCCCAGAAAAGCCGCCUACCUGCCCCUUAUGGAGUACCUGUCCUUGCAGUUUUACUUUUGCCGUGUCUAGUCACAGGGGUGGAGCUGGCUAUAAACAAUAGUCCUGAUAACCAAAUACUAUCCACAAAGCCUGGCCGUGAAGAGUCCCUGUGGUGCACUGUACGUAACAACAGCAAGGCGGAGGAAUUACGCUGGUACCGAGGAGACGGGACUGUGAACUUGAAAGAUGGAAAUAAAAUGAACACCACUAACAUCUGCAUACUUCCAGUCUCUAAGACCGACAAUGGCGUCAGCUUUACCUGCAAGCUGGUGCGGAACGAGUCCAUUCAGAUCUCGGUGACUCUGGAUGUCCAGUUUCCCCCUCUCCUAACUGGGGAAGACCCUCCUCCAGUAGAAGAAAAGAAUGAUGUGAAGCUGACCUGCAAUGUUAAUUCCAACCCUCAAGCUGAAAUGGUUUGGUAUAAAGACAACAGCACUCUGACCCUGAAGAAAGAUCGCUAUCAGAUACACCAUACUAGUGAGGUCUUUCAGCUGACUAUCAAGAAAGUAGAAAAAUCUGACAAUGGAACAUACACCUGCGAAGCUAAAUCUGUUCUCGGAGAGAUGAGAAAGGAGUUCCACCUGACAGUUGAAGAUAGGAAACCGCCUUUUCCCUUGGAGGCCAUUAUUGCUGCCAUCGUGGUGGUUUUACUCACUGUAAUUUUUGGAAUUGUGGCUCGAAGAGAAAAAAUAUUUAAGUGCUUCAAAAAGACAAAAGAAACACCAAGUGAAACAGCUCUGUGAAGAACUCCUGAGGUUACUGUGUGCGCCUAAGAAGCACCAUCUGUAGCAGGACAUAUGCCCUUGUGUUAAGGGAUGGGAUUAGCCAUUAUACAUUGCAAUAGUUACUCUAGUUCAUAUAGUUCCUUCUAUAUUU